AAGGUCACAGGGUAGAUCACAUAGUUCCCGGGGGUGGAAGGCUGUUUCGGCCGCACCCCGGCAUCGCGACGUCAGUCGUCAUUCCAACGUGGCUCAACAAGUACACGCGGCAGUGUACAGUUGAUUCAAAUAUUUGAAAAUGUACCGUAUAAUAUAAUAUAAUCGUAAUCGUAUUUCGCUUAUAAAUAUAUUGAAAAAAGGGAACGAGAAACUCGUGUUUCAAAAAUAUUAACAAAUUUAAAUAUAUUCAUUAUACUUUAUUUCUUCAUUGAUCUGUUAAUAGUGAAACAAACUAUCUUACUAAAUUGACAAUUCUGAAUGACAUCCAAGAUAAUGAACGGGAAUAAUUGGGAGGGAAAAUGGCCUAAACAACAAUCACAGGCAUGUAAUAAAAUAGUACGCAGAAACAGUAAACGAACUGAAAAAUCUGGAUUAAAGUUAUCAAAUUCAUCUAAGCGGACAACACCUAGAGAAAGAACUCUUAGAAGACUAGAAAGUAAUGAAAGAGAGAGAAUGAGAAUGCAUAGUUUAAAUGAUGCUUUUCAGUCUUUACGUGAGGUAAUUCCACAUGUAUCAAAGGAAAGACGAUUGUCCAAAAUUGAAACUUUAACUUUGGCAAAAAAUUAUAUAGUUGCUCUCACAGAUGUGAUAUGUGCUAUGAGAAGUGAAGAGAAAGCAGAUCCACAAUCAGAAGUUUCUGAAUCUCAAGAAUCAUCUAAGAACAUAAAUAUUUGUCUAAAUAUGAAUAUUCCAAUACCUUCAAAAUCUUGUAGUUAGGAGAAUAUGAAUAUUUAUUGAAAUAUAAAUCAAUCACACGUAUAAAGAAACAAUUUUAAAUAAACUCUGCAGGUGUCAGAAUUAAUAAAGAAUAUUUUACAUUACGGUA